AUCUUAAACACCCCCUUGCCAUUCCCAUAAUCUUCCGAGGACAAAACCGUCAUUUCACCCUCCUCCCUUCCCUGGUCGCUGAACCAUUUCCCCUCACAUAAACAACACAGAAAGACGAACUCUACGAAAAUCUCCGAAGAACGAACGUCUCUCUCUCCUUCCUAUUUUCUCUUUCUCUCUCCUGCCUCCAUUUUCAAAGCGUAUUUGACUCUCUCACCUUCAAAUUCAAUUCCAGGGUCCCCUUUUGUAAAUUCUUACUGUUUAGGCUUCUUUUCUUCAACCCCCUUCAUAAAAAAAAUUUCUGUAUAUAAUAUACAGCACCCUUUCCAACACAAAGAAAAAAAAAAAGAAAUUAAAUCCCCCAAUUCUUCAAUUCUUCAAUCAAUCAAUUUUCAUUUCCAAUUCUUUUUUAUUCUCUCUGUACAGACAUAGGGAAAUAUACUUUUCCUCUGUUUGAGUUGAGUUUUCCCUUUUCCUCAAUUUGGGUGCCCCCCUAAAAAAAAUUCUAAUUCUGUUUCUCUUAGAUUUCCAAAAGGGUAUUAGAAAAACCGUGACUUCACCAUUUAUUAUUCCGUUUCGUUCGAGUCUGGGAUUGAAAAAUCCGAAAAUCGAAAACCCUAAUUUGUGAUUUCGUGACCUCUUUUUCUUUCUCAUGGCGGUUUCUACGAUAGCCUUGUACGCGAGUCCACCAAGCAGCGUGUGUUCCACGCCGCACCAGAUCAACGCCCACGCUAGCUACGACUUCGAAUUGGGGUCGCGAUCUUCUUCGCCGGCGGGGUCGACGGCGCCGCCGUCGACGUCGCAGAAGCCGGUGAUGGGUGGUCUCUCAUGCCUGUUCUCUUCGCCUGCGCCGGCGGUGAAGCACGCGCCUCCGCUGUCGUCGAACUUCUCCGGCGAGGAGGACGAGAUGAAGGAACUGAGCAGUUCCUUCUCGUAUUCUCCGAGCAAAUUCGCAGGUUCUUCGUGGAAGAGGGAUCAGAGUCCCGUGUCGGUGUUUCAUGGUCCUGUUUCGUGUAGUAGUAGUGGUAGAAGUUCCACGGGUUCUUCGAGCCGUAUUAGAAGCUUCAGGGGUGGGACCAGUGGUUUGUUUGAUGGGUUUGUGAGGAAUGCGUUGGGGUCUUCAUGUUUGGACUAUGACUUAGAUGCUGGUGAUUCUUCUGCUAUGAUUGAUGAGUUGACCUUCAAUUUGGAGGAUAAUUUCGUGGAGGGUGGGUUUCACUUUGAGCCCUAUGCUAAAAAAUUGCUUCUUGGGGCGCAAAUGAGGCACAAGAUCUUCUGUGAGGAGUUUGUCAUUAAGGCCUUUUGUGAAGCCGAGAAAGCACACAGAGGGCAGAUGCGGGCUAGUGGGGAUCCUUACUUGCAGCAUUGUUUGGAGACUGCCGUGUUGCUGGCUUUGAUUGGUGCCAAUUCCACUGUUGUGGCGGCGGGGCUCUUGCAUGACUCGCUGGAUGAUGCUUUUCUGACUUAUGAUUAUAUAGUUGGGAUGUUUGGCGCUGGUGUUGCUGAUUUGGUUGAAGGGGUUUCUAAAUUGAGUCACUUAAGCAAGCUGGCUCGAGAAAAUAAUACAGCUAGCAAGUCAGUUGAAGCAGACCGGUUGCAUACUAUGUUCCUUGGCAUGGCAGAUGCAAGAGCUGUCCUCAUUAAAUUGGCAGAUCGGUUGCAUAAUAUGAUGACACUAGAUGCAUUGCCAGUGGCCAAGCGGCAGAGGUUUGCUAAGGAGACUUUGGAGAUUUUUGCACCUUUGGCCAAUCGCUUGGGAAUUUCUACUUGGAAGGAACAAUUGGAAAAUUUAUGUUUUAAGCAUCUCAACCCAAGCCACCAUGAGGAGCUUUCAUCCAAGCUUGUGGAAUCGUAUGAUGAUGCAAUGAUUACUUCUGCAAUAGAGAGAUUAGAGGAAGCACUUAAAGAUGAAGGCAUUUCUUAUAAUGUCAUUUCUGGGCGGCAUAAGAGCUUAUAUAGCGUUUAUUGCAAAAUGUUAAAGAAGAAACUAACCAUAGAUGAUAUCCAUGACAUUUAUGGGCUGCGCUUGAUUGUUGACAAGGAAGAAGACUGUUACAAAGCUUUGACAGUUGUUCAUCGAUUAUGGUCUGAGGUGCCUGGAAAGCUGAAAGAUUACAUAUGUCGUCCCAAGUUCAAUGGAUAUCAAUCUCUGCAUACUGUUGUGAUGGGUGAAGGCAAGGUUCCCCUUGAAGUACAAAUUCGGACCAAAGAUAUGCAUUUACAAGCAGAAUUUGGAUUUGCUGCUCAUUGGAGAUACAAGGAAGAUGAUUGUCAGCAUUCUUCAUUUGUGCUUCAGAUGGUUGAGUGGGCUCGAUGGGUUGUCACCUGGCAGUGCGAAGCAAUGAGUAGAGAUUGUUCAUCUGUUGGAUAUGCUGAUUCAGUCAAUCCCCCAUGCAAGUUCCCUUCCCAUGCUGAUGAUUGCCCAUAUUCUUACAAGCCUGAUUGUGGUCAGAAUGGGCCUGUGUUUGUUAUCAUGAUUGAGAAUGAUAAGAUGUCUGUCCAAGAAUUUAGCGCAAACUCAACAGUAUUGGAUUUGUUGAAAAGAUCUGGGAGAGCAAGCUCUAGGUUGACAACAUAUAGGUUCCCAUUGAAGGAAGAGUUGAGGCCAAGGCUGAAUCACAAACCUGUUAGUGACCCCAAUAGCAAGUUGAAGAUGGGAGAUGUGAUUGAACUUACGCCAGCCAUACCUGACAAGUCUCUUACAGAAUACAGGGAAGAAAUCCAGCGUAUGUACGAUCGUGGGCUAACUGUGUCGAGCAUGGGAACCGCUGCAAGCACCAUGGUUGGCUCAAGGAGUUGACCCGUGCUUUUGGAUUUCACUUGCAUUCCAACAUGAAAUUAUUUAGUGACAAGUUAUGUAUAUAGAAAAUAUUUGUACAGAACAACUGUGUUACUACUUUGAACUUGGCUAACUUGAUUCAAUUAUGUGCUGAAUGAUUGAUUUUAUGUAGUUGAUCCAAUGGUCCUGAUAAAUUAAUUACAUCCCACCCACUAUGAUUCUAGA